AUUUAUAUAUCGCUCUAAUUAUCGUAUGAUUUGUAGAAUUUAAUAAAAUAUAUUGAUUAAUUUAAAAAGCUUUGUUAAAAUCACCUCUUUGUUUGCAUUCGUAAAUUGUUUUGAAAAAUAUAAAAAAUCAAGAAAGCUUAUGAUUUUUAAAACUAUUUUUUGAUUAAAUACUUCGUGGUAGUAAAUAAUAAAGUAAAAUCAUAAAGACAAGUCAACAUAUGUAUGUAUGCAAUUACAACCAAAAUUUUAUUUAAAAGCAAUUGUUUUUUUAAAAAAUUGGACAACCUUUAUAAAAAGUGACUUUAACCACUUUAAAAAGUGAUAACCCUUUUAAUUUUUCAUCAUUUUUUAUAACAACUAGAUUGAUUUUAUCUUAAAAUUUAAUAAAAUAAAAUUAUUAAUUAAAUUGAAUCAAUUAACAAGUACAUGCAAUGGUUAGAAAGAAAGAUAAACCUAGAAUAAUUCCAGAACAAGACAAAAGAAUAUGUGCUUCCAUUUGUUUUUUUCAAUUAACAAUGGUUUUGUCAUGUGUAGCUAUUGUAUACCUAAGUGUUGCUGUGUAUAGUCCAUCAUUCAAAGCAUUUAAAGCUGGCUAUGAUUCUGAACCAGUCAUAUGUCAAACUAUAGAAUUUAAAGAUCCGAAAUAUUGUAAUUGGGCAUCAUGUGGAGAAUGGUGUUUGACCAAAACAAGCGGCUAUUGUCCUCAAAUUGUUUCAACAGUACGAAGAAACGGUACUGACAUUCAAUUUAAUAAUUGUACAAGAAUCAAUGUAACUCAAUGCCCGCAGGUUGAUCCAAACAAUUUUAAGAAAUAUAAUUGUAAUAAUGGUACAAUUUGCUCCAAUUUGCAUGGAUUAUUCAAUUGUUCAAAUGGCCACUGCAAAAAUAUCUCCGAGUUUAUGUUAUGUCAUCACACUGCAGAUGGCCCCAGCAUUGAUCCAGAGAAGGAUAAUUCUAAAUUGAAUGGAUAUUUUGAAUGUUACGGACCAAAAUGUACUAAAAUCAAAAAAGAGUUUCGUUGUGACCGGUACUGCGGGAAAAUAACAACAGCUGAUGUCAAUGUUAUAAUAAUGCAGGAUAAUGAUGUUAUAACAGCAGAUUGCGAAGAAGCCGUUGCUUUUAAUGAGGCUAAUGGUAACAACCCACCAAUACGGAUUUCUCCUUUUACAUUUUGGAAAGAAACCGAUGGAAUGAUAAUGACUAGUUGUAUGACAGUAGACAGAUACCCCGAUAAAAUAACAGCUACAGAUUGCCUAAAUGGAACAUUGUUAGAUGAAAAUAGCAUACCUCAUCCUUUCAUGAAUUUUACUCAAUUUUGGAAAAUUUAUGAUAAUAGUACUACAGUGGUUGAUCCUACUCAAAGGUAUCUACCUAAGCAAUCAAAUUUAACUAUAUAUAAUUCAAGUCGAUUACUAAUCAACUUAGAAGGUUGUGUCAAUACUCUGCGAGGUGAAUGUAGAGAGUUUGGGGAAGCCCAUAAUAAGAAUGGCGAUAACAAUACAGCCCAGUCUAGAUAUCGAUGUUAUUAUAAUCCUGCUGAUUCCGCAAAUGUUAUAAUACGCUACGAUUUAGACCAAACUUAUAAAUUUCUUUUGAUAACUUUAAUAAUACCAAGUGUCUUAUUUGUAGUAUCUUCUAUAGCUUUAAUCGUUAUAACAAAAUCAGUAAAAGUCGGCGAUGAUGCGAAAAUGCGAUGUGUCUGUUGUUCUGACUACGACGAUUCUCAAAUUGAUCAUGCAUUUGCAACUGCUAGCAAAAAGAACCGUGAAAAAGAUGUUUAUGAACUUCCUGACGACGUUCAUUUAUGUGAGGAAGUUAAUAUAAAUCCUAUGGAAUUACAAAUUGAACAACCUGAUUUACAAAAUGAAAUGAUUGGAAGUACAAAAUCACUCAUUCCUUUAAGUCCUUGCGAAGAAUCGCUCGAAAAAAAGCAUUUAGACGAAUGUAAUGAUCGCACCAAAAGUUGUUCUGAGAAAUCAAAUCUACCUCUAGUUAUAAUAUAAAUAAAAAUUAUUUUUUUAACAAUAACAAAGUUUAAAUUAAACGUAUAAAUUUUGUUAAAUUUUUAUCUAUUGAUUUAGAAAUUAAAAAUUCAGAAAAACAUCGAAAUUUAUAAAAUCAAAAAAUAAAUUUAUAUAACUGUAUAAUUAUAAAUUUCACUUUUUUAAACUAUAAAUUUUUUAAAAAAUUUAAAUAUUUUUAAAAUAUUCUUAUAAAAACCUGAAUAUGUCAUUGACAACAGAUAAAUUAUUAUAAAUAAAUACACAAAGCCACCCUAAACAGUAUGGUACAUAAUUCUUACAAAUUAUUUGUUUGUAAUUAGAUAUUUAUUUAUUUUAUUUACUUUUUCUUUUUCAUUCAUUUUAAUAAUAAUUAACUUUCUUAUACCGAGAGUAAUAACUUUUUUGUAUUUGAAAUUUACUUUAUAACUAAAGUACAUAUAUUAUAUUUAUAAUUAAAGUCAUUUUUUAUAUUCAUAUCUUACAUUACGAAAUUACUAAUAUGAGCUAUUAAAUUUGAAAUUAUAUAUAUAUAUAUAUAUACUUUUAUUUAAACAGUUUCUAAAUAUAGAUGCAAUACCAGCAAUUUAUUAAUAUUUUUUGUUGUGGCUACAUACAUAAAUAUUAUUCAAUAAAUAUACACAUUCGGUUUUAAUAUCCGAAAUAAAUUUAUUUAAUGUACUUUUUUGCAUUUUUCCAUUAAAAAACUUUAUUUCAUACACACACUUAUAAUAACAUGUGUAAUUAUGUUACUAUAAUUAUGUAACUAUUUAAAAUAUCUGCCUUAAUUAAAAAAAAAAU